AUGGAAAUGACUCGAAGGUGGGUUAUAUUUCUGGUCAAUAUUGAUAGUUGUAGCCUCAUAAGGCGAGGAACCAGGUGGUGGGAGAUUGAUGCUUUUGUGGAGGAUGUUAAGAAUAUGCUUGAGCGUUUGCGUAAUGUCAGAGUUUCGAUAAUUAGCAGAAAUGCUCUUGUGUAG